AGCGGGGCCGGGCCGGGGCGGGCGGGCAGCGAUGGCGGCCGAGCUGCGUGAGGCGCUGGAGCGGCGGCUGCGGGAGCUGGGCAUCGCCACCGUCACCGCCGAGCACCCCCAGGUGUUCACUGUUGAGGAAAUGAUGCCCCACGUCCAACACAUGAAAGGAGGUCACAGUAAAAACCUGUUUCUUAAAGACAAAAAGAAGAAAGGGUUCUGGCUGGUGAGCGUCCUGCACAACAGGCAGGUCAAUUUGAACGAACUUGGUAAAAAACUGGGCGUUGGAAGUGGAAACCUAAGGUUUGCUGAGGAGAACGCCAUGCUGGAGAAGCUCGGAGUGGGCCAGGGCUGUGCCACGCCGCUCGCCCUCUUCUGUGACCAGGGAGACGUGAGGCUGGUGCUGGACGCUGCCUUGCUCCAAGGGGGCCACGAAAAGGUGUAUUUUCAUCCAAUGACAAAUUCUGCAACCAUGGGAUUAAGCCCCGACGACUUCCUGAAGUUUGUGAGAUCAACAGGCCAUGAUCCCAUCAUCGUACACUUUGAUGAAGACAUUAAGUAGAGGAAGUUCAUUUUUCUACUGCUACUCAUAGAUUUUUGUAGAGGAAAACUGGUGAAAAAUCUCAUUACAAAUAAAACUUGAAAAAAAAUG